CUCCGAUGCUUCUAGGCCAGCAGCUAACCUACGAAAACAAACGGCUUCGGCUGUGCUUCAGGUUAGCGGUCUUCUGAAGCACAGGGCUGAAGACGAGCCGCUCGGUGGUGACUAAAAGCGCGCCUGAAUGUGUAGAGAUAGAAGCUCGCGUUCUGCAUUGACGUGAACCCUUCAUGAAACCCGGCCUCCUCACCAGGAACCACAAUGUCCGACGCUGCUAACAUCGCUUCCACAGACAACGGAGACUCGGGACUUAACGCAGGGUCUUGGGUCGAGCUGGAGAUGAACAGAACCCACCAAGCCCAGUUGCCCUCGCUGCCCCUCCCUCAGGCGGAGGAAGAGGAGGCCAUAGUGGGGGGGCUGGAGCACGUCCCGUCCUCGUCCUCCAUCCACAACGGGGACAUGGAGAAGAUCCUGCUGGACGCCCAGCACGAGUCGAGCCGCAGCAACUCGUCCUGCGACAGCCCCCCGCGGCCCCACUCCCCCCAGGACGCGGGACAGAUCAUGUUCGACGUGGACACGACCAGCAGGAGAGACAGUCAGUCYGAAGAGGACACCUUGGACAAAGAGAGGGACAUGGACAUCCUGAUGAAGGACUCAGACUGGGUUGCUGACUGGUCCAGUCGACCGGAAAACAUUCCCCCCAAGGAGUUUCACUUCCGUCACCCUCGGCGCUCCGUGACGCUCAGCAUGAGGAAGACGGGAGCCAUGAAGAAGGGAGGCAUCUUCUCCGCCGAGUUCCUCAAAGUCUUCAUCCCCUCGCUGCUGCUAUCGCACAUCCUGGCUCUGGGCCUGGGUGUGUACAUCGGGAAGAGGCUGACCACGCCCCCGGCCAGCUCCUUCUGAAGCCCAAACUGAAGAAAAGUGCCUGAGGAGUCGACGCCGGAGGAAGUUUURCUGAUUUCCUGCCUCUUGUCCUUCUAUCCUGCCUGCUCCCCCCUCAACCCCCCCACCCUGAGAUUUGACAUGUUCUCAGGAGAAAUCUCCUCCUCUGUUUAUCUUUUAAUCACCUGGUUUCUCUCUCCAUGCUCCGCCCCCUUUCCCUUCUCUCCAGCCUUAUAUCCUUSAAAUAACUGUCUGAGCUUUUCAUGAAUGAUCAAGGUCAUGUGAUUUAUAAGGGGGGGUGUUGUUUAACAGAGCAGACCACAGAUUGUGCCACCUGCACCAGUAGCCCCCCCCCCACCAAAGCACUUCUAUCCUGACCAAAAUUCACGCAGGCUGAAAACGUGAUCAUGUCUUUCUACUGAAAGUGGCCAUUUUUUAAAAUCGAGAUGAUAAACUACAAACGAAGGAGCACAAACUAUAUUUACCUGAACCCUUUUUUUGUUGCUGUUUUAAGACGACGAGAAGAAAAAGCCAAUCUUACCUGUUGCAGAUGUCUUUUGGAACGUCAACAUCAGCGUACAAAUAAAAGAAACAUAUUAAAUUAAAUUUACAGUUGUUUUGAUGCCCAAGUGACWCAAAAAUGGGAAUAUUUGAGGCUUGAAAUGUUCGGAAUUGCGAAAUUAAAACUUUUUAAGAACCGACGAUGUUUAAAGCUUUAUUAAAUAACUUUCUUUAAAUUAAAGUUGUUUUAAAAUGGUAGAAAUCCACUUUUGUCUCAGGCUAGCUGUUAGCUUGUCACUCAGUGAGCUAUCUGCAGCAGGUAAGAUAUUGUUUAUGAUAUGAACUGCCCUUUUUUAGUUUUUCUAGUGAUCAGCUUUUGCUUACCUUCAACGUCGGAGCUCAGUAAUACAUGAAAGUAAUAUUUUAAGGUAUCUUAAUUUUUUUUAUCUAAAAAGGAUUUUGCAAAAAAGAUAAAAUUAGUUUACUUUUCUAUAAACAGAUUCUUUGAAGAUCUGAAGUUCAGAGAUGCUAUUUUUAAGGACUGAACAUCCAGUAGGGUUAGUCUUUCACUCCAACGUGUCAAGGAGUAAAACGAAACAUUUUCAGUGUUUUUUUUUAAAUAUUUUUUUUGUUUUGUUUACGUGCAUGCCCAGCGUCGCGCUGACAGGUUUGGACGUGUAAUGAGUGCGUAAAGGUGAUUGUAGCUGCCUUUACUGAAAUUUUUUUUAUUUUUUACACUAAGUUCGUUUCAAACCGCCCUGCUUCCUCAUCAGAAAACACUUUGGUGUUUAACUUUACAGACAGAGAMAAGAUUAGCUUUAAGGAUUAGCGGCACAAAGGACUUUUAUUUUGAAAUUUUCUUGUCUUUUUUUGGUGUGACCCUCGAGCUUCUGCUUUUUGUUCCUGAAGCUUGUGAAGCUGAUACUUUGCAUUGUUUUGGACUUGUGUUUGUGUUUUUAUUUUUGUUUUUCCCCUGGUGUCGGAGAGGGUUUUGAACACAGAAUGCAAAUCAUGUUUUUAAAAAGUGCUGAAAAAAAAAAAAACGAUAAAAAAUUAAUGUUUCAGGGCCUGAAGAAUGAAAAGCUGAUAAAUUAUCAUUUUUUCUUUUUUUUUUCCUGCCACAUUGGAAAAACUGAAAAGAUUUUGUCAAUAAAAAUGACCUGAGUGAAACGAU